AUCGUGUGGCUCCGGGCGGGCGACAUGCGGCUGACCGACAACCCCGCCCUGCACGCGGCGGCGGAAAGCGGCAACCCGGUGAUCCCUGUCUUCAUCCAGCCGCCCCGGUGCGAGGAGGGCGGCUGGCCGCUGGCCGGUGCCGCCGCCUACUGGCUGCACCACUCCCUCGUCGCGCUGCAGCACUCGCUCUCCCGCCUCGGCUCCGCCGUCGUUGUCCGCCGCGCCGCCGACUGCGGCGGCUCCUCCGCCGCCGCGCUCGCCGCCCUCGCGGCAGAGAGCGGGUCGCGGCGCGUGUACUACAACGCCUCCUUCGAGCCGUGGCUGGUCCGCCGCGACGAGGCGCUCGAGCAGGAGCUGGCGAGCCAGGGCGUGCGCGCCAAGCGGUGCGCCGGCAACGUGCUCUACCACCCCGAGGACGCGCGGCCGGACGAGCGCACCGCGGCGCACGGCUUCGGCUCGGUCGGCUUCUUCCUCGCCGCGGUGGCGACCCUGCCGCCGCCGCCGCCGCCCCUGCCGCCGCCCCGUCGCCUCAAGCCGCCCGCGGCCUGGCCGCACAGCCUCCCGCUCUCGGAGCUGGGCUACGGGCGGCUGCCGGUGCGACCGGACGGGACGGUCGAGGACUGGGCGGCGGGCAUCCGCAGGUCGUGGGCGGUCGGCGAGAUCGGCGCGCAGCGGGCGCUCGAGGCGUUUGUGAGCGGCGGCAUCCAGCGCUUCGAGGGCCGCGAGCGGUUCCGCGCCGACCAGGCAAACACAGCCGCAAUCUCGCCGCAUCUGCGCUUCGGAGAGCUCUCCGCUCGGGCGGUGCUGCACUCGGUGCGCGAGCGAGCGAGCGCGCCCACCUUUCUCCGCCGGCUCGCCUGGCGCGACCUGGCGUACUGGGCGCUCUGGCGCUUCCCCCACCUGCCCAGCCGCCCCUUCCGGCCGUGGUUCGAGGCGCAGGCGUGGAGCUCCGACCAGCCGGCGCUCGAGGCGUGGCAGGCGGGCGCCACGGGCUUCCCGCUGGUGGACGCCGCGAUGGCGCAGCUGUGGGCGACGGGCUGGAUGCCAAACUACAUGCGCCACGUCGUCGCCGGCUUCCUGGUCGAGUUCCUCAACCUCGACUGGAGGCGCUUCAGCUUGCCUGUACCCAGGCACGGCCUCCGCUGGUUCGACUACACGCUCGUCGACGCAGACACGGCCAUCAACGCCUACAUGUGGCAGAACGGGGGCCACUCGGGCAUGGACCAGUGGAACUUUGUCAUGCACCCCGUCUUUGCGGCAAAGUCGUGCGACCCGGAGGGCGACUACGUGCGCCGGUGGCUGCCGCAGCUGGCCGCGCUGCCGGUCGAGUACAUCCACUGCCCGUGGGAGGCGCCGUUCGCCCUGCGCGCGGCUGCCGGCGUCGUGCUCGGCGGCAACUACCCGAAGCGGAUUCUCGACGACCUGGAGGCGGCGCGGCGCGCCUCGCACGCGGCGGUGAUGGCGGUGCGG